AUGCCAGCACACUUGCAGGCCACCCGCUCUCGAGUGGCGGCGGCUCAGGUGAAGAACCGCCAGCGGAUCGCAGCGCAGCGCAGGCCAAAGGGCGAGCCCAAGGACUUUGCUGUGGGCGAUGACGUGCUGCUGCUGCCGCCGAAGCGCGGCAAAGUGGGCAAGCAGCUGGGCCGCAACCGCAUCGUGUGCCGCGUGGUGGAGAUCAAGCGGCCCUUUGGCGUGACCAUGUACCGGCUGCGGAGCGGAGCUGGAGUGGUGGAGGGUAUGCAUCAGGCCAGCAGGCUAUCUAAGGCGCCACCCAGCCUGGCCAGCGAGCUGACCUUCAGCGGCACGGCGCAGCGAGGAGUGCCUGUGGUGUCUCUCAAUGUGGCGAUGGCGGCGCAGCCCGGCGGCGGCAAGGCAGCCCUGCAAGAAGAAUGGUGCGCGGUGUGGGCGGCACUGUGGCUGUAUAACCGGUAA